CCAUAAUUAUAUUGAUCCAUUGAAUGUAAUGUGAUAGAACUGCGCUCUCGGUGUCAAUCUUCUCGUGCCAGACUGUAGUUAUACCUAGAAUUUGAACUUAAUUUGACAGAUGGAUUCAUAAUUUGGUUAACUGUAGACCAGGGUUUAUGAACCACGUCUGUCUCGGAAAUGUACAGAAAUAACCUAGUAGAAUAGCUAGGUACUGGAGCUGAAAUCAGUGUCAAGUUCCAAAAUGGUAGAUUUUGGAGUAGAAACAAGGGAUCAUUUUGAGGAAUCAGAAUUAACACUUUCUGCACCUUCCAGUGUUGGCUAUUAUCAUGCCCAUCAGGCACCUCGAUUGUCAUCUUGGAGACAAAAUGACCAGGUACUGGAGCCAACUCCUCAACAGAAUAUUAUGGAGUCUCAUCAGGAUUUUGUGCAGGUUAAAAAUGACCCAGAAAAUUUGUCAAGAUUUUGCAAUACUGUGAAUUCUAUGCCAGCCAUUGGAAAUGGAAAUUCACCACCAACAGAGAGCGCAGAAGACAGUCGACUCAAAGGGCAGCUUCUUCAAGAAAUCACAAGAGCGGCUGAGACUUUUGAGCCUUACAAUGCUUCAUCUGUGUCAUCUUCUAAUUAUCGGACAUAUAAUCUUGUUCCUGAAGUGCCUCAUCCAUCUGAACCUGAAUAUGCUUUUUCAGAAACAUCCCAAUGGGUGUGGACACGCUCUGCCAGUGAUGACCGUAGUUUUGCUGGCACUUCUUCAAACAAAAUUUUGGUUGAAAAUGCAGUUGGUGCCAUUCAGUACAUUGUGCCUUCACAGUUGGUUGCAGAUUCAUUUCCAUCAUCAUUUCCACCUUUGACAGUUUCAGAAGCGCAGUCUUCCAUCAUGCCAUCAAAUUCAGUGGUACAUCGAACACAGGAGUCAUCAGUAUCAGUGUCGUCAUCUGCUCUAGAUCUGUCACCAGCAUCACCCAUUCAGGCAUCUUCUGUCCAUCCCUCUCAGACAUCUCCUGUUUCUAAUAUUCCCACCUCAUCAGCCCACCAGUUGAUGCCAUCACAGAACCCUAUUGGUAAUUUUGACACGGGAACACAACAGCAAGAGCUGUCUUACCACCAAAAUAUUGAAAGCAGUAUGGCCCUUGCACCUCCUCCUGACGAAGAAAAUGAGGACACCCCACCAGAUGAUGUAAUGUCCUAUCCCCCUGAACUAAAAUGUGAUCGUUGUGGAGCUGUUUUUUCUCAUAACCAGCACUUGAAUCAACACUUAGAUGACUGUAACUGUGCACCUGUGCUACCAGACAGUUGUCUACAGGUUGAAGAAAAUCCAUCAACCCAAGUGACAGAGGAGAAUAAGCGUCCUCAGAGACAUCAGGCAGACCAGCGAUCUUUUUCAUGUAAACAGUGUGGGAAGUGCAUUUCAAAGCCAGAAAAAUUAAAGGCACAUGAAAAGCUGUUCCAUUGUAAUGAGUGCGCUACUACAUGCAGUACAAAAACUAUGUUAGCAAGGCACAAAAAGAUACAUACUGGUGAAAAACCAUAUUCGUGUGGGGAGUGCAAAACAAGCUUCACUGAAUCUGGGAGUUUGAAAGUUCAUAUGAGGCAGCAUACAGGAGAUAGACCAUACAAGUGUUCAUUUUGUAAUGAAGCUUUCAGUGGUGCUGGAAUGUUAGCUUCACACAAAAGGAAACACACUGGUGAGAAACCUUAUGUUUGCAGUGAAUGUGGUGCAGCUUUCAGGCUUCUGUCCACACUCAAAAGUCACAGUCGUAGACAUACAGGAGAAAAACCUUUUUCUUGUGAGUUAUGUGGAAAGUCUUUUACGCAGAAAGCAGCUUUACGACGCCACAAAAGGACUCACUUAAAUGUAAAACCUUAUGAGUGUGAUCAUUGUGGUUUCAAGUUUCGAGAAAAAGAAAAUCUCAGAAGACAUCUUCUUCUCCAUAAGACUGUUUGGCCAUUUAUCUGUGACAUUUGUGGAGCAGGUUUCAACUAUAGUAAAAAACUUGAAACUCACAAAAUGCUUCACAAUGGUGGAGAUAAGCCUUAUAAGUGCAAUAAGUGCUCUUCAAGUUUUGCUUCUCCAAAGUACCUUACGCAGCAUAAAAAAAGGGUUCAUGACAGAAAAGGUUCAGUUAGGUGUGAAGAAUGCAAUGCCACAUUUACCAGAAAAGAGACUUUGCGAUCACAUUUACGAAUUCACAAAGGCUCUGAUCAAUAUGUAUGUGAACAGUGUGGGGCAGCUUUCAACCAGAGAGCAACUUUGACAAGGCAUACAAGAAUUCAUCUUGGUUCAGCAGGAAGUGAUGGAUCUUCAUCCAAAGAAAGUUAUACUUGUAAAUUUUGUAAAAAAGUUUUCACAACCAAGAAGUCUUUAGAUGGCCACCUGAUGGAAACUCACGUGGUUGAGGAUUUUGCGUUAGAGUGUCCAACUUGUCAUUUAGGGUUUUCAGAUCAAUGUGAACUUGCAAGGCAUAGAAGUACACAUCAUCAAACUUUAAGACCUGUUGCAAAUGCAAGUGAAAGUCAGAGAGAGGUAGUAAAAGAUAAAUAUAUUUGUGAAGACUGUGACCAGACUUUCCUUAAAAAAUGGCAAUUAAGGGCACAUUGGAAGUACUGUCUCUGUAGGGAUCUUGAUGCAGUGGAUAGUGAACCAGUAGAGGUUAAACCAAACAUUUCCUCACAGAACAGUAGCAAGGAAGUGAAUGCCAUGAAGUUAGUGUCAGCUGUGCUGGCUGCAGCAGGUAGCAGCUCAGGUAGUGAAGUUAGUUACCAAACUUCCCAGCACUCCGAGACAUCGUCAGUGUCAGUUCCGUUAACUGUGGCUUCCACCUCCAGUUCACAACAGUCACAGCAUUGCACAUCAUCUCAGGUCACUCAAUCUCACAAUGGUGUAUAUGAACAUGUGAAUGAAAUUCCUCAAGAAUUAUCUUAUCAACAACCAGCUCAGGAAGUCCCUCAACAUUCCUCAGAUGUUAAUGUUAUGCAGUCAUUGCAGGAUCCACAUCAUCACAACUCUGUUCAUGAUAAUGUUCAGCAUGUAGAUCGGCAAACAGUCUUGCAAGGAGAAACUCAGGGAACACUUUUACAACACUCACUGCAAGAAGAUAUGCAGCAUCAUUCAUUUGACUUUGAUAUUUCGCAAAAUGAAUUCUACAAAUCUGUCCCUUCAUUGCAAUCAUCAUCUCAUCCUCCCCACCACAGUCAACAUUAUAGUCACCCUGAUACCACCCAAGAGUCCUCAUUGCUUCAUAGUUCAGUUCUUCAAGAUAUCAGUCAAGAACAUGAUUCGUGUGAAGAUCUGCAUGAUGACUUGCAUCAUUCUGGCACUUUUUUAAGUAAUCAGCGAGAGGUUACACUUCAAGAAGCUGUACAUCAUCAGCGGGGACAGCAUAGACUUGACCACAUUGAACAUGAGAAUAAAGAUCAAGAAAGUGAAUCUUUUCAUUCUCAUUCCGAAAAUUACCAAAAUACAUUUCAAGAUCAGUAUCAUCCAUACAAUCGAUGUCAAGUUUCAAAAGCAGAAGAGAGGUAUACUACCAGGACUGAACUCCAACAUUAUGUUUUACAAGACCCAACUGGUACUAAAGUAAGGAAUGCAUGUCCAAAGUUGUUAGGAUCAUAUAAUAAUUUGCGCAGUAAAUAUUAAUUGUAAGUUAAGAGGAAAAAUAUUUAUUUUUAAUCCUUUGUUUCUCAUAUAUCAUGUUUAUAAACAUGUAUCUUUUGUAGGGUAUUUUAUAAUAAACCAUUUCAUAUUAGAUUUUAAAAGUUUUAAUGUUGUUGAUGGAUAUGUAUAUUAUCAUAAUUUAUAUAAAAGAAUAAUAAUUCUCUAAUGGUUCUUUCCAAAGGUAGAUAAAAGGAAACAGUUUUGUCAAGGAGUAAUAGUAAUAUUUAUUGAACAGUUAAUGGGAAGCACAAAUUAGGCUGAUUAUUACAUCAGGUUAUUUAAAUGUUGGUGAGCUGGUGCCCAUCAUUAUUUCAUUAAGUAAUUGCUGAAGGAGUCACUUCCACUUUUCUGAGUAUUGUAUUAUGUUUAGCAAUAAUUCUAAGAAUCUGGGUAAUUGAUUUAAGUAUUUUUAGUACGUAUUUAUAUUUGUCUGUACAGUAUUUUGUUGUUAUUUAUUUGUUGAGCCAUUAUCUUCAGUAUAUUAACUCAAAUAUUUUCCUCAUGUUUCUGUACUCUUGAGUAAAGCUGUUCUUCCAAAAUUGUUUGUAUGGCACACUAUAAGCAGCAAUUAGUUUUGGAUUGUCUUUGAGGUUUGUAGUACUAUAAUUUUGUCAUGUGUUACUGAAAUGUGUUGGUCAUUGAUAGUAGAAAAUAUUAGUUGAUAGAUAAACUUUGCAAUUUACUGUAAUAAUUUUGUAAGUGUACUAAGUAUCAACACACCACUUUUUUUUCAUUGCUGAACAAAAGUGUUUGUAUGAUAUAUUGUGAAGUAUCUUAUUAGCUUAUUUUACUUUUUGAAUUUUGGAUGAUUCUAGGGUAUAGUUACCCUUUACUUCAGUACCAGGGAAAAUGAUACAUACAAUUUGUUGCCAUAUAUUUUUCUUUCUUCACCAUGGAGCUAUAUUUGCUACAGUCUGUUUGGCUGUCUGUAUGCUUUCUUUAUGCUUGAUAACAACACUACAUGAAAAAAAAUGAACAAAUUUGAUAAACUUUAUUUUUUUAAGUGUUUGCCAUUGAUGAAGAAUACCAAUUUUUUACCAUAGACAUCACAUGACUUUACCAGUAUCCACAAAAAAUUUUAUCAGCUUAGGGAUUCGCCAAAUGUAGUUGCAAUUAAAUUUUCACCAAAAUUUGCUUAUGUUUGUAAGUUGAUAUGUCCAAACGGACAUAGCUGCUUUUGCAUAUUUUGUUCUAUUGUUUGUUGCUGGCAGUUUGAUUAUGAUCUAUUGCUUCUUGUGAUCUUUAUCUACCUUUAAACUUGAAUAAUUAGGAAUAUUUAGUAAAUUGGAUUGCUCUGUUAUGAUAUUUUUAUUUUAACUGCCUAUAAAUCUUUUAAGAUGAAAGCAGGUUUAUUUAAAUCUAAGCUAAAUGCAACCACGCUAUUUGCAUGGUUUUAACAUUGAAUUGACAAUCUCCCUUCCUUUGGGUUGAGCUCUUAAAUGUUUAUUUUUUUCAUGUCAAACUCACAACUACUUAUUAAUAAUUGCCCAUGUUCAUGGUUAAUAAAUUUCCUGUGACAUAUCAAGUCUUGGCUUAAGAAAAUGGUAGUAAGCAGGUAAGUGCUUGCACUUAAGUUCAUGCAUCUUAGUUAUAAAAUAGUCAGCUGUCUUCACUGGAUUGCCUCAGUCAUUAACUCAUUAUAUGAGGUUUACUUAUUUGCUCAAAGCACCAAGUGUGUUUGUCAUGCAAUGUGAAGAAAACUUUGUAUUUCAUUUUCUCAAAUGAGAUUCUUUCUUGGGCCAGGUGAGUUUCAGCCUUGUAGCCACUCCUAGGACCAAGUUCAUUUGUGGGGAUUGCCACUCUGAUUUUGGUCUUUUUUGUCAUUUGUUGACAAUUCGGUUAAUGUUUAACUGAUUUAGCUACUAACUUGCAAACUAGUCAUUCAGUAGUUACAGCUAAGAAGUGAAUUCUUUUUUCAUGCUAACGAGACACUUUUCCCAUUUCAUUUACUAUUAUUGUUGUGAAGAGUAGGUGUAAUUUGUUUUACUUAUAGUCCUUGUUUAGGAUGAUUUUUGGCAUUUUGGAUGAUUGGCUUUGCAAUUACACCUUAUGUUUGCCUUAUAUGCAUAGCUUUAAAAAUCUGAUUUUUGUUUCUUGUUUGGUUAUUAUUGUAUAAUUUGUUCAUGAAACUUACCUGACAGAUAUAUAU